GUGCCAAAAAUGUGAAGCAGUGGUUGUUUACUCAGGCGGCAAGCUUCUUUGACGAUGGCAUACAAAAGCAGGUCUCAAGAUACGAUAAAUGCCUCAAUUGUAAUGGGAAUUACGUAGGAAAGUAGAGUAAAAUAUGGCCUUUCAAGUGAAUAAAUUAUUUUUGGACAAAAUUUACUUGUUGUUCUUUUAGGUCAAAACGGUACUUACUUUAAAAACACGCCUCGUACAUAAAAUAAGGGUCAUGUCUUGAGAUAAGAAUUCAAGUGUUUGUCAAAUAAUGUUUCGUAAAUCUAUUUACAUUAUAAGGCGCGAAUUACACUGAAAAGGCGUAAGGUGAAGGCGCGGCGCAGACGCAGAGCAGGCGUGGCACAGAUAAGGCACGGAUGCGAUUUAAAUUAUAUCAAAGAGGCGAAGAGAUGGCACAACAAGUCAUUACAUAGGGUGACUUUAUCGUGAUAGCAUGUCUUCCUCUUCAGACGACGAAGAUGCGUUGGCUUUGCUGCAACUCAUUAAUGUGCAGAGACACCGAAGAUAUUGGGUGCACCCUGUGUGGAGAAUGUCACAAGAGCAUAGAUAUUUUAAAAUGAUGGAAAAAUUAUGCGAAUAUCCUGAUCGUUUUCCUACAGUGUAUAAAAUGUCACUAGAAUGUUUCCACAUUGUAUUGUCGAAAGUGAGACACGGUCUUCAGAAGAAGCAUACAAAUUGGAGAGAACCGAUCUGUCCUGAAGAAAGACUAUUGAUAACAUUAAGAUACUAUGCAGAUGGAUGUUCGUUUAAAUCGCUUUCUACAUAUGUUCAGAGAGGCAGCACUACCGUUCAAAAAAUCGUACAAGAAACUUCACGUGUACUGUGGAAUAUUUACAGCCGGAAUAUAUGCCAAUACCUACAACACAAAAAUGGCUUGAAGUUGCUCAACGUUUUUACACUUUAUGGAAUUUACCAAAUUGAGUAGGAAGUAUAGACGGAAAGCAUAUAAGAAUUAAAGCACCCAAAAAUUCUGGCUCAGCUUACAUAAACUAUAAAGGAUAUUUCUCUAUCGUAUUGAUGGCAGUAGUAGAUGCAGAUGGAAUGUUUUUAAUUAUAGAUGUCGGCGAAUAUGGCCGAAACAGUGACGGGCGUGCAUUCCAAGUUAGUUACUUUGGGCAAGCUAUGGAACAAGGAAACCUCAAUUUACCACACCCUACUCCAUUGCCUGGAGAAACGAAUAUGGUGCCCUAUUAUUUUAUUGCUGAUGAAGCUUUUCCUCUGAAGAAAACUUAAUGAAACCGUAUGGCCGAAAUCAGUUAACAAAUGAGAGAAGAGCAUUUAAUAACAGAUUGUCAAGGGCACGAAAAUCAGUGGAAUGUGCCUUUGGUAUGAUAAGGACUAAAUUUAGCGUCCUUAGCACAUCUGUUUGCUGCGAUCCAGAAAAUGCCGAUAGCAUUAUAAAAGCUAUGAGCGUUUUGCAUAAUGUUAUCCGCAAAUAUGAUGGGAAACUCGUGGUUCCACGUUUUAAUAACAGUUUAAUAGGAACAAACAUCAACGUGCAACAAACAAGGGAAGAUCCUAAAAUCAUCAGAGAAUAUCUUACAACAUACAUGACAACUCGAUCUCCGAUUCCAUUUCAAAAUAGACAUAAUUAAUAAAUAAAAAUAAAGUACUUACCUGUUGCACCUGGUUUUAAUCCUAUUUCUCUCCAUAUUUUGUCUUGUAUAUUUUUAUUAGAGUACUCCGGCUUAUUAUAAUCGUAAAGAGCUGGAUAUUGUUCAACUAUCUCGCAGAACUGUAAGUUAAAUUCACUAUCGUCACGCAUUUUUGCUCCUCCUGUAUAACAAACAACGUAUUGCUUGCGCAGCACUCCAGUCGCGACUGCUAGCGACGCGGAACAGGUGACGAAACGACGUGCCUGCGCCACGCCGCUUGAGUAUAAUUCACAACGUGUCGCCUACCUACAUUUUGUAUUGAAAACCUUUGAAGCGCCAAGAUGCCUGCGCCGCGCCUUCACCUUACGCCUUUUCAGUGUAAUUCGCGCCUAAGAGCAGCGGAAAUGGAUGGGAAGGUGU